ACGCGUUAUUGGGUUCCCUGUAUUUGUGGAGUACUUUCGCUGCGGAUCAGAGGAUUGUGUUGGGAUUUAAAACACCACGGAGGAAGCCUGCUUGAGCUGAUCAGCUAUGCUGGUUUCCACUUUAUAAAGUAGCCUUUCAGAGGAUGCAUACGACACGCAGCCCAUCAUCCAUCCCCACAGGUGUCCCUGGAGAUGCCUUGGAUCUUACCCUGUCGGGCUCCCAGCUCACCGUGUCCAAAAGACCCAGCAGUGCGUCGCCGGGGAAAUGCUUCUCCAGGUCUGUGUCGGUGUCUGUGGCGAGUGACAGCAGAGGGAAACGUAACACUCUGAGCGAUACCAGCUUUGGCAGUUCCCGCUCUAUUAAGAACCUCAGGCGGUCCAACAGCACCACGCAGGUCAACCAGCAGGCCAACAUCACUUUAAGUCAGGACCAGAAUGAGGACUACCUGUCCCUCUUUGAUAGCGGCUCAGACGGACGCAAAAAGCUGGCCAGUCUGAGCAAGACCUCACCAGACAGAACCACGUGGAACAUUCUGGAUGACCAGCCCAGAGCGUUCCCUGUGCACUCAAGCCCCCGCAGCACCGGAAGCGUGGACUCUCCCACCAGCUUGAAGAAACGAGAGCCUGGCAUCGCUCUGGCUGCCACUUUUACUGCCAACAACAGGAGCAACAAAGGAGCUGUCGGGAACUCCGUCACCACCAUCUUACACAACAACUACUCGGAGAAGCCGCUCACACCCAAGAGCUCCAACCAGAAGCCGUCUUUUAACAACAUCCUAAAGGCCACAGCAAACGACGAGGUCUCACAAGAGAAUGGGUCGCUGACAAAGUCCCAGAAGAAUUUCUCUUCAGCGUCCUCCACCUCCAACAACAGAUCUCCAGUGUCAGCACAGCGUGGCAGCCCCAUCCUGCCGAGUAGGAGGGAGGUCACCGAGGAGGAGGCGGAGAGGUUCAUUCAGCAGGUGAACCAGGCAGCAGUCACCAUCCAGCGCUGGUACAGACACCAUGCAAAGAGGCGCCACACUAACCAAGCAGUGCUCAAACGCAUCCUUUCUAGUAAAAGAAAGGAGUGGGAAGAGAGAACAGAGGAGGACAGCAGUCAGAAAAAGGAUGAAGACAGACGACGGAUUCGUGAAGAGAAAGCUCGCCUGGCUCGCCUCGCUGCAAUCAAGGAGCUGCAGCAUAAGAGAGCUCAGCGGGCUACAGAAGUGCAGCAGGCCGCAGAGCUGGAGGUGGAAAGUCUGAGGCAGACUGGCGUGGUCGGACGAAAGAAGCCUCCAAAGUUGAAUCCUGCGAACAAAAGUCCAGCCUCACCGAGCAACAACAGCCCUACGUCACCUACAGACAUCAAAGCUAAGAACACAGACUCUAAUUUGAAUAUUGUGGCUGACUUUGUUGAGCUGAGCUUCAGAGCAGUUUCUCCAUCGCUGUCUGCUCACAGAGACUCUCACUGCUCCCAGGAUCAGGAGAACAGAGCAGAGGUAGACAUUUUUGUGGAGCAGCAUCAGGAAAACGACAGGAAACUCCUCCGAAAAGAGAAAGCUCGUCUGGCACGCCUGUCUGCUAAUCAGGUCAACACUACUGGUGAGCUGCAGCAGAAGAGAGCCCAGAGGGUCUCAGAGGUUGAGCUUGACAACGUGAGACAGACUGGUGUGGUCGGACGAAAGAAACCACCAAAGAUAUCUCUGACCAACAAGACUCCAGCGUCUCCGAGCAACAACAGCCUGAUGUCUCCCACAGAUGUGAAGGCUAAGAACACAGACUCCAAUCUGAAUGUUGUUGCAGACUUAGGUGAACUCUCCAGCUUCAGAGCUGUGUCUCCAGCUUUGUCUAACUGCAGAGCCUCUCAGUGUUCCCAGGAGAUCCUGCAGAGGUCUGUUAGCGUUGAGGAUCAGCGACCAGGAGCUUCGUCCAGCAGGGCGCCAUCUAAAACGACUCUCAACGAGCUGCUGGACACCCUAAAGCUGUUAGAGGAGGAGCCAGAGAGGCUGUCGGAGCCAAAGUGUUAUCACAAAGAGAAAUAUGCCUGGAUAGACGAGGACGGAGACUCCAACUCUCUGACCACAGACAACCUGGAGCGCCAUGGCCAGCUGAGCCACCACCCUGCUCUGCCAGAUGGGGGCGCCCUGCUCUCUGAGGCCAAGCUGCAGAGCAUCAUGAGCUUUCUGGAUGAGAUGGAGAAGUCUGAACAGGAGCGACCACGCUCCGUUACCUCGGGGUCACACAGAGAGGCUGUGCUGUCAGAGGAGGAGCUGAUCGGUGUCGAGCAGGCGUCUGCCACCGCUGCUGAAAUCACCGGGUCCAUGAUGAGAAUCAAACUGGAGCUGGAGGAGAAGAAACGAACUGUGAACAUGCUACAGACUGCACUGGCCCAGCAGAGGGAGCUGACAGCCAGGCAUGUGAAGGAAACAGAGAAGGAGCUGGGCAGAAAUUUCCAGCUCCAGAAGGAACAAUAUGAAGCCACCAUCCAGAGACACCUCACUUUUAUUGAUCAGCUGAUCAAUGAUAAAAAGGCUUUGAGCGAGCGCUGUGAAGGGGUGGUGGGAGAACUGAAGCAGGUGGACCAAAAAUACACCAAGAAGAUUGCACAAAUGCAAGAGCAACAUGAGAUGGUGUGGCAAAUUCUGGGUCCCUUGUGUGAGGAAAUCAAGAAGCUGAAAGAGUUAAUGAGCGCCACAGAGAAGAUCCGCAGGGAGAAAUGGAUUGACGAAAAAACCAAGAAGAUUAAAGAGAUCACUGUCAAAGGCCUGGAGCCAGAGAUCCAGAUGCUGAUUUCGAAGCACAAACAGGAGCUGAAGAAGCUGAGGACGCUCCACGAGGCAGAGCUGCUGCAGGCGGAUGAGCGGGCCGCUCAGCGCUAUGUCCGUCAGUGUGAGGAGCUCCGCCAGCAGCUGGAAAGAGAGAAAGAGGAGCAGUGUCAGAAAGAGAGGGAGCUAGCCAAACAGAGGUAUGAGAAACAGCUUCAGGAGGAGGAACUGUCCCUGCAGCAGCAGAGGAGGCGUCUUUAUAAGGAGGUGGCUGAUGAGAAAGAGAGGCUGGCUCAGCUGGCUGCAAGGCAGCGAGCUGAACUGGAGGAUCUUAGGAGGCAGUUAGAGGAGAACAGCUCCCUGGCUGGACGAACUCUCAGAGAGGAGCUGGACAAGACCAGAGAGGAGCAGGAGAGGAGGCACCAGGUGGAGUUGAAGGCCUUACAGGAACGCCUGGACAUCGAAAAGCAGACCUGGGAAGAAAACUACAAGAAAAAAGAGGAAGUGUGGCUGCUGAGCCGUGAGCGUGAGCUCAAAGAAGAGCUGCGACGGGAACGUGACAAAGAGAUCGAGCUCGCCAUCUGGACGCUGGAGGAAGAGACCAGCAAGGACAAAGAGGAGUGUGAGAGGGCGGCUGACAACAGGGUAAAACGCGUAAGGGAAAAAUACGAGGCUGAGCUGAGGGAGCUGGAGCACUCUGAAAAGACGGCUGUGGAGAAACAUCAGAAGCUGAGGAAGCAGCAGAUGGAGACGGAGGGAGAGCUGAUUCGACUGCAGACGGCGCUCCGACAGAAAGAACAGGAGAUGGAAGAGAUCGUACAGACCAGGGAUAAGCUGGCGGAGGAGCGUCGCAGCCUGGCUGAGGUGAUCCGGCAGGAGUUCGCUGACCGGCUGGUGAUGACUGAGGAGGAGAAUCGGACGUUGAAGUUGGAGGUGUCGGAGGUACGAGCAAGACUACGGCUGGAGAUUGAGAGAGUCACCAGAGAGAAGGAGGAGGAGCUGGCUGAAGUCCACCAAAGAGUGAAGUCGGCCAUUUUGAAGAAAGAAGAAACCGUCAAUCAACUCCGGAAGCAGUACGAGGCUGCCCUAAAGAGGGCGGAUCACCUGGAGGCCCUGUGGGAGCAGCAGAGGAAGCAGCUGCUGGAAAAGUGACUGACAGGAAGGCCUGGUUUCUUCUGCCCCCCACCCCGCCCCCUCAGAGCUCUAUCUAUGGUGUCACUCAAGGCCCCCUGAACCCCCCACCGUAGAUGUUUUUCCUACCAGCAAGACUGAACCUGUGGAACUUCAGAUGUUGAACAAGUGACUGAGCCUUGUCCUACCUCGUUUGAAGAAUACAACAUGGGGAAAAAUGUCCCGGGCCUCUCUGUACGGACCCCACAACCACCCGCCAAGCAUGAAGGAGCGUGUUGUGUCGAGACUUCCCUAAUGUACAUGCCACGUGAGAAGACUCGAGAUGGAUGUCCUAUUCUUCUCUUUCUAGAUUGCUGCAGUUUUUGGGACUCUCUCCCCCUCUCGGCUCCUCUACCCCCUCCCCUCCUCUCUCUGCAGUCUGUCAGAGCAGGAACGCCUCCAUGUUCCCCACAGAGUUGCCACAGAGAACACUUCCAGAUGUUCCCCAAACCAGUUCUGGCUUGUGCAGAAAAGGUGGGGAGGGGGGGCAUUCUUACAACCUAGGACUGAGAUGUGUCAGUAUGAGAGUCUCUCCUGUGUAACAAGUCGUGCUCUUUGUGCCCUCUUUUAUCUGUCGAGUCAUGUGUUUGUGUCCCGCUGCCCCCUCCAGGCGCGUGCUAAUUACAGGAUCUAUAACCUCUCCCUCACUGCCGCCCGUGAGAAGCUCUGAGCUGUUUGCUUUGUGUGUCUUAAACCAAAACUUGGAUCUAACAAAGAGGUUAGGAGUAGGGCUGUCAAAACAGUUUUUUGAAAAUCGCAAUGAUUUGCUGUAUUUUAGGGAUAAUCAGGAUUUAUCGCAUUCAGAGCAUUUAUAAAUACACAUUUUUAAGUCCACACUGACAGAAUCAAUCUGUUUGUGAAGUCUAUUGAAUCACAUGAAGUCAAAGAGAUUUUUUAUAAGUGCAGCACUGUCUAAAACAAUGUUUUUAUAGUGAACUAAAAUCAAUGGAAUAAGUAAAACUAAAAUUAAACAUGACAACUUAAACUGUACAAUCUCCUUAAAAACAAAUUGAAAUGAAUUAGAGUUAGGGACAAAUAUGCUUAGUUUCAGUCUUUAAAGCAGCGUACUGACUAACAUACAUACCCAAGCUUUUGGAGUUUAAAAGAGCCAGCUUACGGACUUCACACGAUGGUAAUUUUAGGUUUUCAAAUUUCAAAUUUGAAAAAAUCAAAUGAAAUGUGAAGAGAAGUCAUGUUUUUAAAAUUGAUUAUUUACUUUUUCUUGCCCUUUUGGGUCUCACCACCUACAAGUAUCCCAUAUUAGUGUAAAAACCAGCGCUAAAACUAACAAAAUUAAACUGAAACAAAGCAUUUUUGCAAAAUAAAGACUGAACUAAACUCACAAACAGCAGUACAAAUGUUAAAAGUAAACUAAUAUUGAAAAUGAAAUGAAAAUAAAAACAAAUGAAAAAUCCCAAGCUGUUAUAACCUCGGUCUAAAACCAUGACUAAGACUGUGUUUUCUCAACUAAAACUAUGACCGAAAAUGUUCGUCAACAGCCUUUUUUUCAAUGUCAAAAACUAGACUCAAACUAACAAAAAUAGAUCUGUGAUGACUAAAAU